GAGCCUCCACCCUGCAGCUGCAGCAGGAGACGCUCAGCAGAGUCCGAGCGGUGCAGAUACACGGUCAGUCCUCUGCUCACCUGGACAGUCCAGCCAUGAGGUGGCGCUCUUUUCCUCUUCCUCUCCUGCUUUUCUCUUUCCUCACCCUCUUGGUCGGGAGAGCAGCAGUGUCAGGAUUCAGGAUCUGCUCCUACAAUGUGCAGAAAUUCAACACGAUGAAAGCUAAAAACUACAGACUGAUACACACUCUGACACGGAUUGUGUCUCGCUGUGAUAUCUGUCUCCUGCAGGAUGUGUUCGACCCUAAGGGUGAAGCCAUCAAAAUUCUGCUGUCGUCUCUCAACAGGGGAACUGACAGGUAUGAACACUACUCGUACCGCUCAGUGGCCAGUGAGGCUCUGGGGAAGUCGAAAGAGGACAUGCAGCAGUAUGUGUUUAUCUACAGGAUGCAGACGGUGAAUGUGACGGAUAAGUAUCAGUACAAAGGCAACGAGUACUUCGACAGAGACCCGUUUGUCGUUCAGUUCCAAAGCAAGAACACCCCAAUUGAGAAGUUUAUCCUGGUUCCUCUCCACACUAAUGCCACUCUGGCCGUGAAGGAAAUCGACCGACUGUACGAUGUCUUUGAGGACGUCAGCAAGAAAUGGAACAACACGAAUGUGAUGUUCCUGGGAGAUUUCCACGCCAGCUGUGCCUACCUGACGCGACAGGACAAGAAAAACAUCAGACUGUUCACCGAUUCAAAUUUCUCCUGGCUGAUCGGAGACAGAGUGGACACCACCGUCACCGACAAGACCAGCUGUGCUUACGACAGGAUCGUGGUCUAUGGGCAACCUUUCCUGAAGGCGAUCAGGCCGUUCUCUGCGAGAGUCUACAACUUCGCCAAAGAGUUCAAACUCUCAAAGACCAGGGUGCUGGAGGUGAGCGACCACUUCCCUGUGGAGGUGAGACUAAAGAGCUCCGCCCUUCUCCAUCAGGCCACGCCCCUCCUGAUCCUCUUCAGCAUCUCUGCCGUCAUCCAGUCCAUGUUUUCAGCUCUGUGAUCGUCCACAGGGACUGACAGGUGCCAGGUUUCUGUCAGUGUGGUUUGAAGUGACACUGAUUUAUUUUCUAAUAGCUUUACUUAAUAGUCAGGUGACCUGCGCUGCUGUGUCAUGUGACCAAAGUAAAGCUGACUCAUUCCAAAAUUCAGUCAGACAACUGAGUCAUUAGGUUGUGAUUAGAGGCUUUAAAACAUGGUGACUCUCAACUUCCUUAACCCUCUUUACCUAAAGUUGAAUUAAGUUUAUUAAGUUUUAUCUACAGUUUAAAGAUCCAGAUACUGUUUUGGCUUCAUCAGUACACAAAUCAUUUCAGUGAAACAGUGAAACGUGUCAGUGCUGUGGACCUUCUGGACUCCUGAUGAGUUAUUUUACUGCCACUCGUAUUAUUUCCGUGUUUUUCCUGCUGAAGUGAAAAACAGAUCAGUGAAAGUGAAGGAGUGGACAGGAACAGGAACCAGUGAUCCUCCAUCACUCCAUCAUUUCAGCGUCUGAAACCCAGCACAGAGAGGAGCAGAUGGAUGAAGACGCUUAAUCAGAAAUGUUAAUGUCACAUUUUCUGCUCCAGACUCAGUGAAACCUCCCUCUGCUGCAUUUACAAAAUAUCACAUACAAGACUUUAAUAACUGGUUUAUAACACACUAAUGUAGCUGUAAUUAAAACAUAUUGUAUAUUAUCACUGCUGUUGUUCAUUAUCUGUUUAUACAGGAGCCUCCAUUUAUGGGAGGCAGUAAAUACAUUAACAAAUAACUACAUUAUAAUGUGUUAUAAAUCAGUUAUUACAUGUUUAUACACUGUAAAUUAAGCGUUGCCACGAUGAUUCUGGUUCAUUUUAAAUUAGAUUUAAAGUUUACAAAGUCAUGAACAAUGAGCACUGAUGGUGGUCCACGUGGCUGCUGUUGACCGCUGCCCCAGGACCAGUUAUCACUUAUUGUUCAAAAUGCCAAGUGGGAAUUGAACCACUAACCUGGGCAGAGCUGGUGCCUUGCUCUGCCCUGAGAGAGCAGUCCUUUACCAGAAGAGUUUUACACUUUCGUCCUGUCACUUAAUGAAUGUAUGUAUAUACACAGCUCUGUGUUUUUAAUGAUGCAUUAUAUAUCUGUUUUUAGAGGGAGAAUCUGUUUCUGAUGUUGAUUUUAGAUCUAAUGUUUCCUCAUUUCCUGUUCUUCCACCAUCUCCUCGUGUGUCUGUUCGACUCUGUACAGAAACGGAUGUAAAUAUUUGGAAUAUAACGAACAGUUCAUGACAUUUAUUGUUUGUGUGUUUUUAAUAUUCACUAAAGUUUUUGUAUGUUGACAAUAAAAUGCUGAAGAUGU